AUGUUGGUAUUAGUUCACUCAGCUGUUACUCAGUACCACCGUGAUACACGUGAAGUCUCCAUCUUUGGUAGGAUGCUUCAAAAACACAUUUUUAAAACAAUCACUGGAGCAGCAUUCGGUGAUGUGUGUUUCCGGGAGUGUUAUCGUGACGUCAGAUGCCAAAGCUUUAACUAUGCGUUCACCCAAGACAAGUGUGAGCUGAGUAACCGUACAAAGGAAGCCAGGCCUGAAGAUUUUAUACCCAACUCUGAUAGAUAUUACUUCAGACGAGAUAUGAAGAGAGGUGAGCGUUAAGGCAAAAUGAUUUGGCUAAUUGUCUUGGAGGGGAGGAUUUCGCAGUUUUUCUUCACUUUCUCGUUUUCUUAUUUUCUAACUAUCCUCGGAGCCAUUCCAGAGCUUUCUGCAGACUCGUGCAAGGAAAAUCAAGGCGAGCGAAGGUGGACAAGCGGUCAGCGGAAUAUACUGGCUGAAUUCCAUCAAACCUCACACUCCUGUGUUGGCUCAUUGUGACAUGAUAAGCGAAGGUAGAGUAAAGCAGUUAAACAGAAGGGGUAUACGGUAACACGUAUUGUACCUGGCAUACAAGCUAACUGUCAGCUUUUUCUGUCAGGUGCAAUAGGAAUGGAACAGUGUUAAAUAUUGUGGUGGGACAAAGGGGAGGAGAUUCAGUGGAGGUUAAAGGCGGACAAAGCACUAACAAAACAGCAGCUAAAUCAGGAGUGUCCGUGGAAGACAAUGCUGGCACUGGAGGAGGGGGAGCGGGUUGGUUUGGUCAAGGUUGUACCCGACUAAGCUCCUCCCAUGGGGAAAGAGGUGGAUCACGUUCUCAAGCCUGGAUCGGUGGUCGAUCCGGAGGUAUGAAUAGCGGUAAUAACGAGGGCCCUGCACCAGGAGCAGUUGGUGGGUUUGGCGGUGGGGGAGGUGGAUCAGAGGAUAAUGGUGCAUCAGGUGGAGGUGGUGGGUACUCUGGGGGCGGUAGUAGUAACCGUGAAAAACAAGCCGGAGGCUGAGGAGGCUCGUACUAUAAUGGCCAAGAUUGUUCCGGUUUGACUGGUGGGAACUCGAAUGAUAAUGGCCUUGUGCAAAUUACAGAACUUUAGGGCUGAUUCCAAAACAUUUCUUGAGUAUAACAGUUAUUUUUCAAAAGCAGAUUUUCCCAUUAACAGGAAAAAGCAGUUGUAUUGGUAAUUGCAGAAGUUUUAUAUAUUUUCAAAUCCCUUGUUCCUUUUUCAACAUGAGAAGAUAAGAAUGCUCUUCCCCAGGCUAGAUAUUAAUAAUGUCACCGUCUAGGAUCAUAAUAUUCAACACGCUUUAGCUUAAAAAUCCUGACAUUUGAUAAAACUCUUUUAAAGUUUGCUUGUAAGAAUGUGGUCAAAAAUCAUUAUAAAGUUAAUAAUUUAAUUCAGGCUUGAGCACGUGACCCACCUCAUAAAUUAUAAAAUUCAUAAUUUAAAGGGAACUGUGCAAUGAGUUCAAUCUAUUAACUAUCCUAUUAUAGAAAGUUUUUUUUAAUAGUAAACUCUUUAGAACUGGUCGCGAGUAAAACAAAAGGUACGCUUCACAGUAGGCACAGUCGUCUAGUAUUUUGUUGUAUAGCAUAAUAAAGAAAUUAGAGGAGGCGGUGCAGAAACAAAUCGAACAUUUUGAUGACCUCCUUUAAAGUGCGUAGGAAAUGUCUUGCCGGUUUAACGUUGUCCUCAGUCGAGUCGUGUUCACCUCUAAAGGUGGUUGUCAAUAAACACGAGCGGGAAACAUUCCAUUAUUACCUUCUGAUGUCAAAGAUUUUGUAAUGUUGUUCACUUAGAUCAGAAACUUUACAUAGGCAACAUUUUUAUUAUUGGAUGUCGUGUGACCCCAAAGUAACCAAUGAUAGCGGCUGCUGUUGAAAAAAAAUUCCAGUUGUAUAACAAUAUCAGUUUUCGGUAAAUAAAGUAAUAAGGUUACCAGUCGUUUCGUACCUUUUUUUUCCAACACUUUCUCUUGUUGAAAGAAAAAAGGAUUCAAAAGGGACAAAUUAUCAAGUUAUCUAGGUAGCUCAUCUAGAAUUUUCAUAACUCGUUUUCCUUACAGCAAUCUAAUACGUGGUAAAGUGACGUCUAUUUUCGUUAUGUUAGGACGUUUGUCAUGAGUACAGGUUUAUUAAAUAACUUAGAGAAAAGUUUGGUUAUGCAAGUCAGCCAUAAGAUAUGAAGUAGUAAAAAAAAUACACAGGGUAAGACAUCGCUUAUAAGAGGUUUUGUAGUUUAUCGAUAAUCUAAAUAGUCCAUUUAUUGGAGUUUCCAUAACUCGUUUGCGAGCAUCAUAAUCAUUAAGAUUUAAAAAGUGACUUUAGUAGAUAUUAUACCUAUAUUAUUGAUAUUUCACUCGAUAAAGCAAUAAUAAUAAAAAAAGGUCUAAGAAUAUCACUAAAUUAGAUAUUUGGUAGCGUGUUUAAGCCUAAUUUGUUGUAAAUUGUUCAACUCAUUUUGAGAAUUCUAGUUCAUUUUAGUACAUGGUAUUCAAAUUAUUUCAUAGCCUGGUUCAAACGAGAUCAUCAUUUCUAUUUCCGUGUGUAAACUUGCAAUCUAACUGGGCGUGAAAAUCUUCAAAACUCAGACUGUCCAUUUCGUUUUCUCUUUGAGGAUUUCCGCCUCUGUUCACGUCAUUAUAACGUGUAUUAUAUUCUGUUGCUAUUUGCUAAUUCGCUUGUUCCGAAAUUUCACUUUCAAUUAGAGAAAAAAAAAGCUGGAGAGAAGUCCGGGAAAUGGUCAAACAUGGCACGAUUUGGCAGGAUAAUAACAUUAGGCUCGUUGCAAUUUUCGUCGCCCAAUAUCAAAAAUUUUUAUGCCUUAAUGCGAAACGAUUAACUCUGGGAUUUAGUCAUUCGAAAAAUACCUCCGUAUCUCUUUCCAUAAAAGCAAAACGAAAAAAAAGCGCUUUGUAAACAUGUAUUGAAUGAGGUUCGAAUGGCUUUCUGUGAUAAAUUAAACGAAGUCCUUACGUAAAUCAAAUUAUUUUCAUUUUCCUCUAUCGUUUCAGGGGAGUUCAUUAUAUUACUUGCACUACUUUCUUGGAAAAUUACUAGUGCGAUCUGUUGAUUAGAAGUCUAAUUAAAAAAAGAAAAAAAAAAGAGAUCGUUUUGCUGCGAAAGGUUUGACAUAAAUUUUUGAUUCGAGAUAAGCUCAUUAAAGCCAUGAAAUACCGGCCUCUGUUUGUAUGUAAAGAACCUUGACACCUGUUCAACCACUUGUUUCUAAACAUCAAAGACUCUGGGAUUGUAAUUGUAAUCUACUCCAAGGUAAUAGCAAACUGGUGACAUGUAAUACAAACAAUUACUUUCGGGUAGCUUGAUUCCUUAAAAAAAUUCUAAAUUCCCCUAAACAGUUUCCAAGAGGCGUUAUCAUCUACCUUGGAUAGCAAUCAAGGUACGUACAAGAUAUGUAAAGUACCAGGUCAGAUAUUUUGAAAAGUUUAUCUGAAUACAGAACAGCUGAAGGUUCGAUCGCUACAGUAUAAACUAUAGCAUUUGUUCUUCCUCUGUCUAAACGUUGAGUCCUCUCACCAAUAUACAUUUAUCAGGACUAUUUUAAAGAUUUGCGAGUUUCCCGCAUUUCUUUAGGGGAGCAUUAAUAAAACUUGGCAGGUUUUCAAUUAAACAAGGCUGAAUCUCAAGGUUCAUUUUCCAUCCUUAUGUCUGUUGGUUUUGAUGUUUCGUGGAUUCUUCCCUCAUUCCACAAACAGUUUUUAGCUAAGAUCCAAGAAAUACCUAUAUUCUUAGCAUUAUAGCAUAAUCUUGGUCUUUAAUUUUAAUCGUAAUCUAUCUUACAGGAAAGGACAAGCCGGUGGUCGGGACGAUGCGAUUCUUUAUUUCAGUGACACUUUGUAUCGCGUAUGAAAUUUUCGCUCAAGAAUGCAAAAAGGAUGAGCAUGCAAUUUUUGGUAUGAUGCUUCGAAGACACACCUUCAAAAAGUUGAAAUCGUCGAUUGCAGUCGAAUGUAAUCGAGCGUGUAACGAUGAUUUUCGAUGUCACAGCUUCAAUUACUUAAUAACGGAGAAAUUAUGUGAACUAAACAACCGGACUAAGGAGGCCAGACCAGAGAACUUUGUACCAAAUUCGGAGAGAUACUAUGUCAGGAGUAAUAAGAAAAGAGGUGAGUUUCAUCGCCCAAAAGGACUUAACACUGAGUGUAAAAUUCAAAUUUCCUAAACUAUUAUGGGUCUUGGUUGGUGAAAUUUGAGACACCAUGGACAAAAGACAUGAUAUUACUCCAAAUUUACACUUUCGAAACCAAAUUGUUUUCAACGAAAGCAAGUGGAUAGCGUUAUCCGUAUUUUGAAUUUCCGGGCCCCAGCUCCAAAUAUUUUUCUCUGAUCGAGAGGAGUAAUGAAAUUUAUUAUCUAACUGCACAAAGUAGGGAACAAACAACGCGCGAAUAGAGUGCAAAUAUCCUGCGAUAUUGUACAGUUAUUUCGACAAUUGGUUAUUUCCUACCGUAAAAAAACCUGUUUGAGAAGUUGGCAACAGUUGCCUACUCUUGCACCGUAUUUAACAACUGUUCCAUGGUUAUUAGUUAAGAGCCUUCAGCUCCUCAAGUACCGGCAGCGAUUAAUUCAAAGCGUCGUCGCUUUGUGAUUGAGUCGGAUGAUGAAAAUGAAAUGUAGUUUUGGAAAGUAUUUUCAUAUGCAAAGGGCACAUCCAUGUCUUUAAGAGCUUGUCUCCUGGCAGAUUCAAAGCUUUGUUACUGGCGAUAAAUUACAAAUCACUUUUCAUUGAUAAAUGUACACUUUCGUACAUGCAGCAAAUGUGUGCGAUUUGAGAACAACAAUAGAAAAUAAAAUUCAACUUUUAAUCGUUUUGAAACCUUAUGUGACAAAUUGACGGCUUAACUCGUAAAAAUACUCAGCGAUACUAUACACCUAAACUUCUAGUAAGAAAGUUAUUAGAGGGUGGAAGUAAAGCUAGAAAUUAUCUUUGAUGAAAAUAUUUCUUGUCCUCAGUUCCUCUUGGUUCCAUUCCUGAAUUUCCAGCGGAAACAUGUGAACAGAUAAAGGCCAGCGAAGAUGGAAAAGCGAAAAGUGGCGAGUACUGGAUUUAUUCCAUUAUAACGGGAAAAACUGCUCUGGUUUCUUGCGAUAUGGAACCAGAAGGUAAAAAUAUUCAAGUUCUUGUUGUUGCAACUGAUAUGAAUGUGAAAAAGUUUGUUUAAAAAUUUAUAGUUCUAGUAAUUUAGAUAUAAAGCUAAUGACAAUAAUAUACACUUUUUGUUGCCUUUCAAUGAAAACCUUAAAGCAACCAUCAUAAAUGGUAGUAGACCUUACCCUCAUCAUUUCCCAUUUGCACAUAUCUGUAUUUAUUGAGUAAAAAAAGUUAUGUGUACUCUAGGAUUCGGUAGACUUUCAAGGGCCAAAUUCUUUCGAUCAUCACGGCUCGACCAAGGAACUUUAGCAAGUGAUUAAUUGUAAAGCAUUCAGACCAAACUAGCAUAUGAAUAUGCAGCUUUUGCAGGCAAAUGUGUGUGUUUGAUGACCGUUACCAUUUUAACCGACUACCAUCCAUACCAAAAAAAAAAAAAAGCAUAAAAUUGACUCAUGUAUGUGGCCUGCAACAUCUCUGGCGCGGCACUAAUUAUUCCUGUCCUACCUUGUAUGUGAUAUUUGUAUCAACCUGCUAAUCUAUAUCAACAGACAUUGAUGAAUGUGCCAGCGGUGUUCACAAUUGCCACAGUUCAGCUUCAUGUACCAACACUGUAGGAUCGUUCAAGUGCUCAUGUAACCAGCCCUACAUAGGGGAUGGAAGAUCUUGCAUUCCUCUCCCAUCACGUACAAAGUUGAGUCGGGUCUUCCAAUGUUGCUGCUUUUGUAACUAUGCUUUCACGCAGGCAUCCGGCUUGACGUAGAUACAAGCAACAGGGGGUAAUAAACUUAUUACUCAGAUAGUAAUCAAGCAACUAGCAACUUACUUAUUUUGCUUCAUUUUUGCGCUCAAGGAUUUUUGUUGCGUCAUAUCUUUGGAUUUCACGUGACGUUAUGAAAAUCGAAAAUCCAAAAUAAUUAACAAUAAUCCACUUAAGUGGAGGAGAGUAGUCAUGGAUAUUUAAGCGCCGAGGUAAAUAUCCACCACUUUAACCGACAGUGGUGAUGAAGAAUGUUUGAACUUCAGACAAUAUAACGAAUAUUGGUUGAAAAUUAGAUUUAACUUAAUAGAACUUGCAAAUCACUCCCGAACCAGCCAAUCAGCGCACGCGAAAAGCACCAUUCACUCAGGUGUUUUAUACUAACCAGGGCACCAACUCCUUGGUGUUCGACGGAAGGGCACCAACUUGGCAUCCCCAUACUGAGCUCUUAAAAUUUAGUGUACAAUAGCUCACUCUCCUGGGGUCGGGCGUUCAGUAUGUAGUUUUGCUUUUAGUUUUCAAUUGGAUGACAGUGAAAUCCAUUAGGCAACAACAGGGAGAGGAUAGCGGAUGACUCAAAAAGUAAUCAUGCAACGAACACUGCCGAAAAUUUACUUUUUUUAUGUUUUUGCGCUUGGGAAUGUUUGAGACGGUUGCCUGCACUGAAGAUCUUCCGCCUUAAUUCCAGAGGAAAUUAAAUAUGCUUGUAACAACAAACGAGGAAAGUCAAAACAAGAAAAACCAUUACUACUUGAAUUGAAUUCAUGUUGUGACUCUUUAAUGUGAUUAUGCGGCCGUAAAACUAUUUCGUAACUAACUUCGUUUGUUUGGUCAUUAUGGCUAGAUAUUGGCUGCGUUUUUAUCGCUUUUUUUUCCUGGAGUCAAAAACGUUAAGAUUACUACACCAGGAGAUUUUAAUCUCUUUACUACACUAAUAAGUAGCGCAGAGGUCAUAUAUUCUAUAUAAAUCAAAUACCAAGGGUUCUACCUGGUUUGUUUCGAUUUUUGGACUUCCGUCAAUCAUUUCUACUCUGUCCAUUUUAGAAUGUCAAAACUAUCAAAGUCUGACCGGGUCAGACAGAAAGAUAACCUAUGGCAAUCAAAACACGGUUUGUGACAGGAGUAUUCAUGGUUGGUAUCGUUUUGAAGGAGCAGCAGGUACAAGAAUGCCUACUUCAUGUCCACCAAAACAGCGAUGUAACACUCACGCAUCCGGUUGGCUAAAUGGUGCUCACCCCACAGUGGCUGAUGGUCAGGUCACCAGGACAGUUUGCUUCCACUGGGGAUCAAACUGCUGCAACUGGUUAAGAUCCGUCAAUGUGAUAAACUGCAGCGAUUACUAUGUUUACUACAUAACUGGCACACCCGGAUGUUCCCUCCGCUACUGCAGCACAGACUAA